AUGGAGAAGGGAAAGAUGGUUCAAUUCGAAAGGAACUUCGUCCAAAAAGGAAUACAAGACAUGGCCGCUCGGUGGGUUGAUGAUCCGACCAAAACAGACAAGUACCAAGAGUCGGCCCAGAAGGUUACGCAAGUCCUUGCAGCAUUGAGAGACAAAAUCAGUGAGAUCUAUAUGCUUGAUUUGAUAUCAGAUUAUAGCCCAUUCUAG